AUGUCAAGAGUUGAGGUCUUGUAUGCUGGAUCGUGGAUGACCGUCUGUAGUGAUUGGGUUUGGGAUUUAAGGAAUGCAAGGGUAGUCUGCAGAAUACUCGGGUUGGACGGGGCGUUAGCAGCGCCUCGUUUGUCUAGGUUUGGGCAGGGAACCGGUGAUAUUAUUGGUGUCGAUUGUUACGGAACAGAAGACAGUCUGGAAGACUGCUCUUAUUUCCGUCCCUCGUGUGGGCAUCAAUACGAUGCGGGUGCCGUGUGUUAUCUAGGAGUUCGUCUGGUCGGUGGAUCAAACGAUGCUGAAGGCACAGUAGAGGUUCUGCAUGAUGGAUCAUGGGGAACUAUCUGUCAUGACCUCUGGGACCUUAGAGACGCCAGGGUGGUUUGUAGGAUGCUGGGGUUUGAUGGAGCCUUGGAGGCACCGGGGUCUGCAAGGUUUGGUCAGGGAUCUGGCCGCAUUCUUCUUGUUGACGUCGGGUGUGACGGAACAGAAGACAACCUUGCAGACUGUGCUCAUCCAGGGAUUGGAGAUUACUGUAUUCAUGCUUGGGACGCAGUUCGUCUGGUCGGUGGAUCAAACGAUGCUGAAGGCACAGUAGAGGUUCUGCAUGAUGGAUCAUGGGGUACUAUCUGUCAUGACUUCUGGGACCUGAGAGACGCCAGGGUGGUUUGUAGGAUGCUGGGGUUUGAUGGAGCCUUGGAAGCACCGGGGUCUGCAAGGUUUGGUCAGGGAUCUGGCCGCAUUCUUCUUGCUGGCGUCGGGUGUGACGGAACAGAAGACAACCUUGCAGACUGUGCUCAUCCAGGGAUUGGAGAUUAUUGUAUUCAUGCUUGGGACGCAGUUCGUCUGGUCGGUGGAUCAAACGAUGCUGAAGGCACAGUAGAGGUUCUGCAUGAUGGAUCAUGGGGAACUAUCUGUCAUAACCUCUGGGACCUUAGAGACGCCAGGGUGGUUUGUAGGAUGCUGGGGUUUGAUGGAGCCUUGGAAGCACCGAGAUCCGCGAGGUUUGGUCAGGGAUCUGGCCGCAUUCUUCUUGUUGGCGUCGGGUGUGACGGAACAGAAGACAACCUUGCAGACUGUGCUCAUCCAGGGAUUGGAGAUUACUGUAUUCAUGCUUGGGACGCAGCCCACCCGAAUCCACUCCAAGUUCGUCUGGUCGGUGGAUCAAACGAUGCUGAAGGCAGAAUAGAGGUCAUGCAUAACGGAUCCUGGGGUACUAUCUGUGAUGACUGGUGGGAUCUGAGAGACGCCAGGGUGGUUUCACACCCGAAUCCACUUCAAGUUCGUCUGGUCGGUGGAUCAAACGAUGCUGAAGGCACAGUAGAGGUUCUGCAUGAUGGAUCAUGGGGAACUAUCUGUCAUGAACUCUGGGAUCUGAGAGACGCUUGGGUGGUUUGUCGGAUGCUGGGGUUCGAUGGAGCCCUGGAGGCACCGAUAUCUGCGAGGUUUGCACACCCAAACCCAUUCCAAGUCCGUCUGGUUGGUGGAUCUAAUGAUGCUGAAGGGAGAGUAGAGGUGCUACAUGACGGAUCCUGGGGAACUAUUUGUGAUUACCUCUGGGAUCUAAGAGACGCCAGGGUGGUUUGUAGGAUGCUUGGGUACGAUGGAGCCUUGGAAGCACCAGGAUUUGCUAGGUUUGGUCCGGGAUCUGGUCGUUCUCUUCUUUAUGGCGUCGGGUGUGACGGAACAGAAGACAACCUAGCAGACUGUGCUCAUCCAGGGAUCGGCGAUUACUGUAGUCAUGCAUGGGACGCAGAAUAUAGAGAAAAUGAUCACCCACCGAUCAAGCUGUCACCGUACUUCUAUCAAGAUUUGCAUCUGAUCGGGGAAUCUAAUAAAGCAGAAGGAAGAGUUGAAAUCUUCUAUGAUGGAUCCUGGGAAACUCUCUGUGAAAACUGGUGGGACGAGAACGAUGCAAAGGUCGUCUGUGCCAUGAUGGGAUUUCAUGUGGUCGUAGACGUGACACGAUCAACCAGAUUUAGUCGAGGAUCUGGUGAUAUUUUCCGUGUGGAUUGCUGGGGUACAGUGGAAAACCUGGACGAAUGUCCGUUCGUAGGGAUUACCACUUCCUGCGAACAUCACAUGGACGCAGGUGCCAUAUGCUACUUGAGAGGUAGGAAUACUAUGAAUAAGAAUAUCAUGGCCAUUGUAGAAUUAGUCACACCAGUUUUUCUCUAA